AUGCACGGUCGACCGACUGUGGCCAGCUCCUACAUAGCUGCCUGCGGCGCUUUGGACGGGGCCCACGCGGGGCGAGGUCACCUGCUCGCGUAUAGGCGCGCGAUCUCCCGCCGCGCAAUGCGCGCGCGCUUCUUCAUUCCUCGUCUCGACCUUCUUCGAAGCCCUCGCAGAAACAACAACAACAACAACAACAAUAACAGCGAUACAUGUGCAGAAGCGGGCGCCAAAUCGCGGAGACGUAACAGCGGGGACGAGGCUACGACCACGACCACGAUGCACACGCCGUUGUGUAACCUGCGUUUUUCGGGGGUCUCGGCGGGCCGCAGGUUUGCGGCUUGGGCGGCGCGACCGGAUUACGAUCCCGGCGCCGUCCGCCCCCUUUGCAAUGUAUCGCCGUCCUCGCUGCAUUCGCGGGCCCUUGAUCUGAUGCGGGUGGCCGUCAUCGCCCCUUACACGCAUGCCUCGUCUCACUUGCGCGCCCUAAACCGAACCAGCACCCGGCCUACCCGCGCGCUCGUCCACCGUGCCUUGCCAUUGAGGCCUCCACUCCCCACGCCGCCUGACACAACGCGCCAGUCCCAGGAGCAACAGUGA